AUUGUGGCGGCGGUGGGCAUUUUAAAGAUGGCCGAGUGCCUGGCUGCACGCUUGGCCGCCCAGGAGGAGCAAAUUCGUCUCCUCAGCCGGGAAAUCUCCACUCUCCGCGAUGGACUGUGUCGAGGUCCGGGCGCCUGCGGCGCGGCAGCGCUCUCCCCGGAGCUGGAGAGCCUGAGGACCGACAACGAGAAGCUCCGCUACCGGCUGCUGCACCUCCGGCGGGGGCUGCAGGCGGAGCUGGAGCUGGAGCCGGCGGAGGCGCGGGGCACGGGGCACCGAGGGACGAACAAGUGUGGCAAGGCGCCGGGGAACAGCGCCGGCGGCAAAGAGCGGCAGACAAACAACCGAGCCGAUAACAAGGCAUCGGUGACCCCGCACAUCAAACCAGAUGAGACGAACAAGAAGGAAAAGAAACAGGAGAAGGUGAAAGGAGACGGCGGCACAAAAGAGCCGAAGCCCUUGCCCGGAUACGUCGCUGAGCGCCUCAGCCUGUAUGAGCAGCUGAAGAAGGAGAGUGAUGGUCUGCUGGCCAAGAGGGCGGCAGACAGUAAGCCCCUCACUGUGGAGCUGCCAGACGGACGGAAGGUGGCAGGCAAGGCUUGGGUCACCACACCAUACCAGUGUGCCUGCGAAAUCAGCCAGGGCCUGGCUGACAAUGCUGUGAUUUCUCGGGUGAACGGAGAGCUGUGGGACCUGGACAGACCUCUCGAGCAGGACUGCUCUCUUGAGAUAUUGCGCUUUGACAAUGAGGACGCUCAGGCCGUUUAUUGGCACUCCAGCGCUCACAUCUUGGGGGAGGCAAUGGAGCGCUUUUAUGGAGGCUGCUUAUGUUAUGGACCCCCGAUAGAAAAUGGCUUCUACUAUGACAUGUUCUUGGAUGAACAGAAGGGAGUGUCCAGCACUGAGUUUGGGGACCUGGAGACUCUGUGCAAGGCUGUGGUGAAGGAAAAGCAGCCCUUUGAGAGGCUCGAGAUCAGCAAGGAGACAUUGCUGAAGAUGUUUAAGUACAACAAAUUCAAGUGCCGCAUUCUGAAUGAGAAAGUCACCACCCCCACUACUACAGUCUACAGAUGCGGGCCCUUGAUCGACCUGUGCAGAGGUCCCCAUGUCAGACACACAGGCAAGAUCAAAGCCAUGAAGAUCUACAAGAACUCCUCCACCUACUGGGAAGGUCGCGCCGACAUGGAGACACUGCAGAGGAUCUAUGGGAUUUCUUUCCCAGACUCGAAGAUGCUGAAGGAGUGGGAACGUUUUCAGGAGGAGGCCAAAAACCGAGACCAUCGCAAGAUUGGCAAAGACCAGGAGCUGUUCUUCUUCCAUGAUCUCAGCCCUGGCAGCUGUUUCUUCAUGCCACGUGGAGCCUACAUCUACAACACGCUCACCGAGUUCAUCAGGGAUGAGUACUGGAGAAGAGGCUUUCAGGAAGUAGCCUCUCCCAACAUCUACAACAGUAAACUCUGGGAGACAUCUGGCCACUGGCAACACUACAGCGAAAACAUGUUCUCCUUCCCCGUUGAGGAUGACGUCUUUGCCCUCAAGCCAAUGAACUGCCCCGGGCACUGUCUGAUGUUCGGCCACAGGCCUCGCUCCUGGAGGGAGCUUCCUCUGAGGCUGGCAGACUUCGGGGUCCUCCACAGAAAUGAGCUGUCUGGAACUCUGACUGGGCUGACAAGAGUCCGCCGCUUCCAGCAGGAUGACGCUCACAUUUUCUGCACGAUGGACCAGAUUGAGUCGGAGAUGAAGGGCUGCCUGGACUUCCUCCGCUGUGUUUAUCAUGUGUUUGGCUUCUCCUUCCAACUUCACCUUUCCACACGUCCAGAGAAGUAUCUGGGUGACAUUUCUGUGUGGAACCAGGCUGAGAAGCAACUGGAGAACAGCCUGAAUGAGUUUGGGGAGCCAUGGAAACUAAACCCCGGAGACGGCGCUUUUUAUGGACCCAAGAUUGACAUUAAGAUCAAAGAUGCAAUUGGACGUUACCACCAGUGUGCAACCAUUCAGCUGGACUUCCAGCUGCCUAUCCGCUUCAACCUGACCUUUGUGGGGAAGGAUGGGGAUGACAAAGCUCGACCAGUUAUCAUCCAUCGUGCCAUCCUGGGCUCAGUGGAGAGGAUGAUUGCCAUUCUCACAGAGAACUACGCAGGGAAAUGGCCUCUGUGGGUUUCUCCACGUCAGGUGAUGUUAGUGCCUGUCAACCCCUCCUGCGAGGAUUACGCCAAGAAGGUGUGUAAGCAGUUCACAGAAGCUGGUUUCAUGGCAGAAGCUGACCUGGACUCUGGCUGUCUUCUAAACAAGAAAAUUCGAAAUGCACAGUUGGCCCAAUAUAAUUUCAUUCUUGUGGUCGGCGAGAAGGAGAAGAUGACUAACAAUGUCAAUGUGCGCACGAGGGACAACAAAGUCCAUGGAGAGCUGUCCGUGGCCGAGGUGCUGGCUCGCCUGACCCUGCUCAAACAGUCUCGCUGUCGAAACGCAGAAGAGGAGUUCUGAUGAGGACAAAAUACAUUUCAAUACCUCACUGUAUGAGCUACAGCCACAUGAACAGUACGAGGAGAAAUGAAGGCACGUGUAAAGGUGGUAUUGAGAAAGUGUAGUACAGAAAGUUUGUGAAUGUGAAUUUGUCAGUGGUCUGUAUUCUCAAAGGUCUGCUCAGUGGGGAAACACGAGAAAUAAAAAAUAUCUUGUGAA